UCUUUUCUCCACAAAAAAUCUCGACGCCCAUCCGCCGCUGCUGCUUCACCUUUGGGUUUCUCGUCUUCGCUCGCGGAUCCCUCAGUUUCCGCCGGAGGAGGAGGGCGAAUCACAUCCUUUCGGCAUGGGAAUAGAGAUCCUGGCGCUUUCCCUCCCUUCUCCCGCUUCCCAAUGGGAGCGAUUGUCAUCAUCUCAUCAAGCCAGCACUCGGGGCUUCUUGGAGAUGACGGGCCUGCACCUUGGUUCUUCAGCUCUGUCUCAGACAGUGUCGUCGCCGAAAAAGAUUAAAGUGCCUGCCACAUGCUCAAUUCAGAUGUUGAACCAUUCUGGCUGCCACAUGGAAUCUCAUACUAGUCUAUGUUACACAAAGAAAAAUACAGUUUCAAGAAACUGUUUAUGGAAGCAUGAUUCAUCAUCAUCCAAUCAUAGGCAAUCAUUCAAACUAUGCUCAUCUUCCUCGGAAGCAUUGCUCACUUCUACAUCUCAAACACCACAGGACAAACUUUUUCUGGGCAAUGAAAGAGUAGGAGUCUUGUUACUCAAUCUAGGUGGGCCAGAGACCCUCGAUGAUGUCCAACCAUUCUUGUUUAAUCUAUUUGCUGACCCGGACAUAAUUCGGCUUCCUAGACUGUUCCGGUUUCUUCAAAAGCCAUUGGCUCAAUUUAUCUCUGUUGUCAGAGCACCUAAAAGCAAAGAAGGUUAUGCUUCUAUUGGUGGUGGAUCUCCACUCAGAGAGAUAACUGAUGCACAGGCACAAGCAUUGAGAAAGGCAUUGUGUGACAAGAAUGUUCCUGCUAAGGUUUAUGUAGGAAUGCGUUAUUGGCAUCCAUUUACUGAAGAAGCUAUUGAACAGAUUAAGAUGGAUGGGAUCACAAAACUUGUUGUGCUUCCUCUAUAUCCUCAAUUCUCGAUCUCAACUAGUGGUUCAAGUCUUCGUCUAUUGGAAUGUAUAUUCAGGGAGGAUCAAUAUUUGGUUAAUAUGCAACAUACUGUUAUACCUUCUUGGUAUCAGCGAGAAGGAUAUAUCAAGGCAAUGGCUGAUUUAAUUGAAAGAGAAUUGCAGAAAUUUGAAUCACCCAUGAAGGUUAUGCUAUUUUUUAGUGCUCAUGGUGUUCCACUUGCUUACGUGGAAGAGGCUGGAGACCCUUACAAAGCAGAGAUGGAGGAGUGUGUGGAUUUAAUUAUGGAAGAGCUGGAAAAACGUGGAAUAACUAAUGCUUUCACUCUUGCUUACCAGAGUCGAGUUGGACCCGUGGAAUGGUUGAAACCCUACACUGAUGAAACGAUAGUUGAGCUUGGGCAAAAAGGAGUAAAAAGUCUUCUAGCGGUUCCUAUUAGUUUUGUGAGUGAGCAUAUUGAAACACUAGAAGAAAUUGAUGUGGAAUAUAGAGAAUUGGCUCUCAAGUCAGGCAUUAAGAAUUGGGGUCGUGUUCCUGCUUUAGGAUGUGAGCCUACAUUUAUUUCAGAUCUAGCUGAUGCUGUUAUUGAAAGUCUUCCAUAUGUAGGAGCUAUGGCAGCUUCCAGUCUUGAGGCUCGACAGUCACUUGUUCCGCUUGGGAGUGUGGAAGAGCUACUGGCAGCCUACGACUCUAAGCGUGCAGAGCUUCCUUCUCCAGUAGCAGUUUGGGAAUGGGGUUGGACCCCAAGCGCCGAGACCUGGAACGGCAGAGCAGCCAUGUUAGCUGUCCUCGCUCUGUUGGUACUGGAAAUCACCACAGGGGAAGGGUUCUUGCACCAGUGGGGCAUUCUUCCCAGAUCCUUUAAAUGAAAACUACUUUGCCUCCUUGAAUCCUGGAGAUUCAAGCAAUAGAGUUGAAGAUAAAAACCAUCUAAAUACAAUUUUAACAUUAAUACGUCAGGAAUUGUGUUUUUGUGUUUUGGUUCUGGAAAAUAAUGGCAAUUUCAAGCUUCAACUCA